AUGGAGGGAGAGCAGAGGACCGAGGCAGCCAAGGCGAAGCCGGGCCGUCUCUCUGCCCUUCAGCAGCAACUGGUCUGGGCUUUACUGGGGUCUGGACUGUCCCGGGACGUCCUGGUCCAAGCCAUGGGGGAACUGGAACGAGAGAAGGCGGCCGCUGGGGCCGAGAAGGGAGAGAGGGGGGAUGGAGAGAGCUCCGAGGAGGGAGAAAUGGAUUCCCCGCCACCCAUAUUCCGGGAGCUGGAAAAGCUUCCACCAGAGGAGGCAGCAAGGCAGAGGGCUGAAGUCGACCAGCUACUUCAGGAGGACCCAUGGCGUGUUGCAAAGAUAGUGAAAAGCUACAUGCAGCAACAUAACCUCCCCCAGAGAGAAGUGGUGGAGUCCACAGGACUGAACCAGUCCCAUCUCUCCCAGCACCUAAACAAAGGAACACCCAUGAAGAACCAGAAGAGAGCUGCUCUGUACAGCUGGUAUGUCAAGAAGCAGUGCGAGAUUAGCCAGCAGUUCACCAAUGCCAGACACGGCCUUGCAUCCGCUGAGGAACAAGGCGAUGAUGUCAGGAAGGGCCGCAGAAACAGGUUUAAAUGGGGACCAGCAUCCCAGCAGAUCCUCUUCCACGCCUAUGAACGACAGAAAAACCCCAGCAAGGAGGAGAGAGAGGGACUGGUGGAGGAGUGUAACAGGGCAGAGUGUCUGCAGAGGGGAGUGUCUCCCUCCCAGCUUGCCGGCCUGGGCUCCAACCUGGUGACGGAGGUCAGGGUUUACAACUGGUUCGCCAACCGCCGCAAAGAGGAGGCCUUCCGCCACAAACUGGCUCUGGAUGGGACUUUUACCACCCAAUCUGCCUCGUCCUCCAACCACAGCCUCCCACCAAGUCCUGGGCAGGGUAUGAAGUAUUCCCAACAAAUCUCAUGUGACAACCUGGGUGCAGCCAGAGGUAGUGCAGGAGAAAGGAGUUUAGGGGGACGCCUAGUGGUCAGCCCUGUCCAGCUGGAGCCCAGCCACACUCUUCUGGAGGCGCACAGUUCCAAACUGGCAUCCAGCGGUGGGCCACUGCCCCCUGUCAGCACUCUGACCUCACUGCACAGUCUGUCAGCCUCCCCUGCUCCACCCCAGGGCCUCAUCAUGGCCUCGCUGCCCAGCGUCAUGAGUCUGGGAGAGUCCUCUCUUCUCAUAGCUCAGACCGUACCUGUCAUAAACAAUGUGGGGGGCGGGUUCACCACCCUUCAGCCAAUCUCAUUCCAGCAGCAGAUUCACGCCUCUCCCCAGCAGCCAGUAGCACAGCAGCUUCCAAGUCACAUGGGUCCCAGCCCGUUCAUGGCAACCAUGGCACAGCUGCCAUGUCACAUGUACAACAAGUCAGACAUCCCCCAGUACCCUUCGUCCAGCCUGCUGUCCCAAGCCAUGGUCAUCACUGACAGCAGCAGCCUGGGCACCCUGACCAGCCUCGCCACUGUCAGACAGAUACUAACAGCAGAUUCAGAGGAACAGACAGAAUCACCGCUACAAGAGGAGUCUCUUCAUCUGCAGCCACCCACACCUGCACCAGUGUCCUCUGAGAGCCUGGAGAUGUAUUCAGCCUCUCAGACCACAGAGAGUCAUCAGUCUCACCUCCUCUCACCUUCACCGACAGACAUCAACUCCUACAUUCCUGCUCAGAUGGUCUCCACUGCACAGUAGCACUGCUCUGCCAGUGCAUUGUCACUAAGUGUCAUGUUUGGUGGACUUAAACAUCCUCUUAAUGGGAUGGACAUUUCCCUCUGCCGUAAAUUUCCAGAGAGUGCGU